AUGCGCCCCUCUCCUCGUUCACUCAUCCGCAUUCUUGUACCUGUAAAACGAUGUGUAGACUACGCAGUAAAGAUACGCGUCAACGCACAGCAGACAGGCAUAGACACAAACGUCAAGCACUCCAUGAACCCGUUUGACGAAAUCGCUGUGGAAGAGGCCGUCCGCCUGCGUCAAAAGUUCACCUCCAAAAUCGAGCAAGUCACCGCCAUAUCCAUCGGCACCGCCAAAUCCCAAGAAACGCUGCGCACAGCCCUGGCCAUGGGCGCCGACACGGCCUUGCACGUCGAAGUCCCUGAGUCGGGGAGUGAGACGCUUGAGCCUCUCUCGGUUGCCAAGGUCCUGCGCGCUGUUGUGGCCAAGAAAGGACCUUUUGACCUCGUCAUUCUAGGAAAGCAGGCUAUUGAUGACGAUUAUGGCCAGACGGGGCAGAUGCUGGCCGGGUUGCUAGGGUGGGGGCAGGCGACGUACGCUAGUGGGGUGGAGCUAGAUUUGGACAAGGGUUGGGCGGAUGUAACGCGGGAGGUGGAUGAGGGGAGUGAACUGGUCAGGGUGAGACUACCGGCGGUUAUCACUACUGAUCUGAGGCUGAAUCAACCCCGCUACGCCUCCCUACCGAAUAUAAUGAAAGCGAAAAAGAAGCCGCUGGAGAAACUGACGCCUCAGGACCUAGGGGUGGACAUCACUCCCCAGCUAGAGAUCCUCAAGGUUGAGGAACCGAAGAAGAGAGUUGGGGGGCAGAAGGUGAAAGACGUGGAUGAGCUUGUUGAGAAGCUGAAAGAGGCGGGGGUGCUCCCUGGCGUAUGAGGGCAAAUGACGAAAGAGGGGACAAAAUGACGGAGGAAUGCAUACAUGGC